UGGGCUCCGAUGGCAUGACCACUGGGUCAGACAUUGGAUCGUCUGGCUGGACAGCGGGCAUCGGGUCACCAGGCAUCAGGUCAUUUGGCUCGACAGCGGGCACCGCGUCAUCUGGCAAGGCAGUGGGCACCAAGUCACCAGGCACGACAGUGGGCUCUGAGUCAAUUGGCACGACAGCGGGCACCGGGUCAUCAGGCAUGACCGCGGGCAGUGGGUCAUCAGGCAUUGGAUUGUCUGGCUCGACAGCGGGCAUCGGGUCACCAGGCAUCAGGUCAUUUGGCUCGCCAGCGGGCACCGCGUCACCUGGCAAGGCAGUGGGCACCGAGUCACCCGGCAUGAAUGCGGGCACCGGGUCAUCAGGCAUUGGAUCGUCUGGCUCGACAGCGGGCAUCGGGUCACCAGGCAUCGAACAGAGGCAUCACGCCGGGUAGAGGCAUCACGCCGCUGGGCAUAGAACAGAGGCAUCAGAGGCAUCAGGGUAGAGGCAUCAGGGCCGAACAGAGGCAUCAGGCCGAACAGAGGCAU